GAGGUGAUGCCGUAUCGAAGUAUCGAUCCGAUGCGAUCGCGCAAUGGUAGUUUUCGGCAGUAGUGAUGUUCUCCGUGGAUUUUCAGAAGAAUUCGACUUAAAGCUCGUGUAAAAUGUGCAAGCGGCAGAAUCCGAAAGCGCUCGGGGAACGCCCAAAAGUGCUAUUGAGGUUAAGAGGUGCAAGAGACAGUAGGGACACACGUAAACACAAUCGUCAGGUCUAGCUGUCGCAUUCUCACAGAGAUGUCUGUGCCCUGAGCAACAGACUGACGGACGGACGGACGUCUCUGUCAAGUUUCUCCAAAUCCUGACAAUGCUGCGUGUAAUAUCAUGGGACCGUGCCCGAGCGUCUUCUAGUAUUUGAGUGUUAAUGCUUUGAGAGUGAGUGAUUUCCUGGAUAAUACGGUGAAAUGUUUUCGUCGCCGGCAUCGGUAGUGGGCGAGCCGUCAGGCUACGACUUUCAGAAAGAAGAGAACGCCGCCAAGUGGAAGGGAGUGUUUGUCAACUCCCUUCGCAAGGUUUUGGAACAAGUGCACCCUAGUCUACAAGCUCGACAAGAUGCCUUGGACUAUGUGGAAAGCCUAAUUUUAAGAAUGUUGGGUAUGCUCUGUGGACAUCCUCCACCUCAUACUCCCCAAGAUGUAGAGGAACGUGUAAGACGCACAUUUCCUACUCCUAUCGAUAGGUGGGCUCUCAGGGAUGCGAGAGAUGCCUUAGAAAAAGGAAAAAAGAAGUCACCAUUAGUACUUCCUGUUGAUAAGAUCCACCAGCUUUUACAAAAAGAGGUAUUGCAGCACAAAAUUGACUCCCAAGUCAGUCUAUUUGUUGUGGGUGUACUGGAAUAUAUUUCUGCUGAUAUUUUAAAGCUAGCUGGAAACUAUGUCAAGAAUAUACGUCAUGUGGAGAUUUCCUGUGAAGAUAUAAGAGUUGCGAUGUAUGCAGACAUGGUUCUGAUGGACAUGUUUUACCAAGAUGACUGUACGGAAGGUCCACAAAGUGGCUUAGGUGCCGUGGUAUCCUUAACGUAUGAAGAGUCUGUUCGAGAUCUCAUACACGAUGAACGUCAUUAUUUACGCGAUCUCCAUAUGAUCAUUAAGGUGUUUCGAGAAGAAAUUGCUAAAUUGGCGCAAGAUCGGGGCGAGCUCGAAACACUUUUUAGUAACAUUAUGGACAUAUACGAGGUCACUGUAACAUUACUUGGAAGUUUAGAAGAUAUAAUGGAGAUCACGGAAGAAAAACAAACUCCCACGGUUGGCUCUUGCUUCGAAGAGCUAGCUGAAGCGGCAGAAUUCGACGUGUAUAUAAAAUAUGCAAGGGACAUGAAUAGUCCAGGUAGCCGAGAUGUUUUGACGAGGUUAUUAUCGAGGUCGGAAGCCAAUGCGGCGUUACGAGCUGCUGGACAUGGUUUUAAAGAAGCUGUCAAAUACUAUUUGCCAAAACUCUUGAUGCAACCAGUGUGGCACUGCUUUUUGUACUUCGAUUACAUUAAGGUAUUACACAAACGAACACCGAACACGGAUGAUGGCGAGACGUUGGAACAAGUACAAGGUCUUUUGCGACCAUUGCAAAUGGAAUUGUUACAAUCUGUCGCAAGCCUUCCAAAGAAGGACACUGGUCUGCGUAUGCAAAGUCGUGCACGAAGGCAAGCAGCAUUAGAAAAGACCAGCGAGUUGCAGAAAACUGUGGACGGUUGGGACCAGAGAGAUAUCGGACAAUGUUGUAACGAAUUUAUCAGGGAGGAUAUGCUAGGAAAAGUAGGCAGCAAUGGAAGAAGAUUAACGGAGAGAAAAGCUUUGUUAUUCGAUGGUUUAUUAGUGCUGUGUAAACCUAGUGGUGGCAAAAGAGUCAGUGUUAGUGUUGCAGCUGUUGCUGUUGGAAGUAGUCAUACAGCUCAUCAAGGUGAGCUUCGUUUGAAAGAACGAUUUUUCAUUAGGAAAGUGGAUAUCAUUGACAGAGAAGACACAGAUGAACUGAAAAAUGCUUUCGAAAUCGCGCCAAGGGACCAUCCCAACGUUACUCUUGUCGCUAAAUCCGUCGAGGACAAGAACAGUUGGAUGGCUGAUCUCGUAAUGUUGAAUACUAAGAGUAUGCUAGAGAGAACAUUAGACAGUAUACUCUUGGAUGAAGAAAGAAAACAUCCUCUGAGAUUACCCCCGCCAAACUUGUACAAAUUUGCGGAACAAGACAGCUUGGAAAAUGUGGUUUUGGAAGCCAGAGAAAAUGGGGGUGUGCCAUUGAUCAAAGGUGCAACCCUGGUCAAACUUGUUGAGAGGUUGACCUAUCACAUAUACGCCGAUCCGGCUUUCGUUCGAACAUUCCUUACUACUUAUAGGAGUUUUUGCUCGCCACAAGAACUUCUGACGUUACUGAUCGAAAGGUUUGAUAUACCAGAUCCUUCGUUAGUUUAUGGCGAAGAAGAAAAGCCAACUGGUUGUAAAGCAACUGCGAGAGAAGACUGGAAGAGAUAUAGAAAGGAGUAUUGUCAACCUGUGCAGUUUCGAGUUCUCAACGUCUUACGACAUUGGGUCGAUCACCAUUUUUAUGAUUUCGAGCGGGAUAGAAACCUCUUGGAAAGACUACAGUUGUUCCUAGAUACUGUAAGCGGUAAAUCAAUGAGAAAAUGGGUCGACUCGGUAAUAAAAAUCGUGCAGCGAAAGUGCGAACCUUCGGAACAGCGACCCAUCACUUUCAGUUUUGAACGAUCUCCGCCUCCUAUCGAGUGGCAUCUUAAAGUUCCUGAAGAAGAAUGGGGAAUACUUACGUUACAUCCCAUCGAACUAGCAAGACAACUAACUUUGCUAGAAUUCGAACUGUACAGAACAGUAAAGCCUUCCGAAUUGGUGGGAUCAGUCUGGACCAAAAAAGACAAGGAACAGACGUCUCCAAAUUUACUGAAAAUGAUCAAGCAUACGACUAACUUUACAAGGUGGCUUGAGAAAACUAUAGUAGAAGCUGAGAAUCUUGAAGAGAGAGUUGCAAUAGUUUCUCGUGCAAUUGAGGUAAUGAUGGUGCUGCAGGAUCUCAAUAAUUUCAAUGGUGUUCUGGCCAUUGUUAGUGCCAUGGGAUCUGCUUCCGUAUUUAGGUUAAAAUUUACGUUCCAGCAAAUACCUGCACGACUAGAAAAAGCUCUCGAAGAGGCUCGCGAAUUAAACAACGACCAUUUUCGAAAAUAUCAAGAAAAAUUACGGUCUAUCAAUCCACCCUGCGUACCCUUUUUUGGCAUGUACCUGACCAAUAUACUACACAUCGAGGAAGGAAAUCCAGAUUAUUUACCAGGAAGUCCGGAACUUAUAAACUUCAGUAAACGGCGAAAAGUAGCUGAGAUUACUGGGGAGAUUCAACAAUACCAAAACCAGCCUUAUUGUCUUUCUGUUGAGCCGAGAAUAAGACAUUUUAUUGAAAACCUCUGUCCAUUCGACGUUAACAUGAAAGACGCUGACAUCAGUAAUUACCUGUACAAUAAAAGUUUAGAAGUGGAACCUAGAGGGUCCAGACAACCUCAGAGAGUCCCUCGGAAGUGGCCAGACUUGAACUUAAAAUCGCCAGGCAUAAAAGCCAGGAGUUUAAGUGGCAAGUUGCCAGCGCCUCUACAAGCAGUAGCUUCCAGUGUCCGAUUGCACGAUCCCGCUCCGGAAGCACCGCCGCCUCCAGAACUACCAGAAACUCCGCCACACACCUCGCAAAUAAUGGCCCCUCAUACAGGGGACCAUAGCGUUUUUGCUCCGGUUUUGUUAGGAGGAACAGGUCCACCACCAGGUUCGCCUGGUCCUUUAAGCAUGUCUGGCCUCUCUAUCGGUUCACCAGGAAGCAGUCCUCAGUUAGGAUCACCUGGACAUCUUCCUCCUCCACAUCAUCAACCGCAAACCACACACUUCGGUUUCAAUUCAGGGACCAUUGGCGUAAUGGGUGCAUUAACAGGACUUUCGUCCAGUGGGAGUCCUGGAGCGCCUAUGCCUCCGCCACCUUCACCUAGCCACAUACCUGCUAGCCAACCCCCACCGCCCUUGCCACCCAGAUCUCAUCGAAGGCGGGAGAGUUCCGUUAGCGAGUCGCCGCAGCAGGCUCGACAAGCUCCAAACGCACCUAUGCUUCCUCCACGGGAAGGAACAUCCCCGCCACCGUUACCACCACGAAGAGAUUUACCUCCAGCCACGCUACCGCCACGACUUCCUUCUGCCUUAAAUCCAAGUAGUUCAGCAUUAUUGGCAAGGCGAAAUUCCACUUUGGAGGGCUCUUGUCCCACUCCUGCUCAUCCACGACGACACAUGUCUUUCAAUGGACCCAGUCCUACCAAGCUUCCACUUACUCAGCCGAAUGGAUCGGUAACACCAAGGUUACCGCCAAAACCGCUGCCAGGACGUCCACCAACGACCAUGUUUAAUUUCGGUGCCCCAUCUGGGCCCAGUUAAAUCCUCCUUUCCUUGUUCCUUGCCCUUACCCACAUAAACGUGAAGGGUUCAUGGUGGUUUACUCAUAACGAUAAACGUGACUGAUACGAAACUAAUGCAUAUGGCUUCAAAGAAUUACAAUAACGUAAAAUAUAUAGCAAGCUCCUUUUAUGAUAAUGAAAUAGCAUUUUAGAAAUGUUCAGCACAGUUGUUCAUGUACUUUAUACAUUGUCUAUUGAUCUUUUUUUGCAACAAAACUUUUUGUCCUUUUCAAAAUACUUAUUUCGUUUGUUAUGUCAUGUCUUCAAGGUAAGGCAUUUUUACAGUGACUUUCAUAGUGAUUGAAGAUAUGUCUUUACAUUAAUUCUAUUACCUACACUAAUUAACUUCAGUUAGAUAAUUAGGUAAGUGAAAGAAUAUAGAGUGUGAUGCAGUCACGGACAGUUUCUGGUAGUCACAGUAGAAACGUCUUAGGUCAAAUUCAUUUCAUUUUUGUGGACUGCUCGAUACGAGGAACUAUCAUCUUAACUAACUAAAAUAUACUUGUUUUCAGUUUUGUCUUACACAAUUUUAUAUUCGGUAUCGUGUGAUGUCUUGAUAAAGUUGUAAAGUGUCUUUCAUGUAGUGACUAGUCUUCGUUGCUGUAAAAUUAUGUUUUUCUCGGUGAUUUAACUUGUGGGUAAACUGCAUUUGAUCCCUGUACCCUGCGACCCGCCUAUCCCAUUUCAUCCCUGUCUGUCCCCCAACACAACUGUGAUACACUUUGAACGUGGGUAUGUAUGUUAUGUAACUAGACGUUUAGAAUUUAAAAUGAAAAAUCAGACGCAAGAAAAUGCAGAAUCGAGCGAACCAUAGGCCAAUACACCUAUCUAAGUAUAAAUAAAUAUAAAUGGAAUCAAUAGCGAAAAACGAUUGAAUAUGUACAUGUAUAUUAUUAUAAAUAUAUUCUACCGAUAGUUAUUGUAAUAAUGUCGGACGCAAGUAAGACAGAAAAGUGAAAUUAUAAAAUCGUGUAAAAUAAAGAGUAUAUUGUGUAGUA